UUGGGUGUCGCUCAUGUUACACAGAUCUCUGUGUUCUCCUGUCUUUCUCUGUGUGUCCCAGCCACGAGCCAUACCUCUGUCGGAUACCCUUUUGAGGACUUCCAGAAGAUCUUUUUAUUGAAACCUUUUUGUUGAUACUAAUUCUUCUCCAAGCGCCAAAAUCUUCAGCUGUCAGUUGCAGGUGUUUGGUGAUCUGUGGCUGCUGUCAGGAUGCAACGGUUGGUGUUGAGCGUCCUCGUCUCCACACUGCUGCUUCUAGCAGUGGUGCCAUCUGUGUACCAACAGUCAGAUUGUUCUCAAGCCGAGUCAUGUGACCUAUGUGUCGGCAACUCCAUGCUCAACCUGACAGGCUGUGUCUGGAAGAUUUGUCCAAAUGGUAUUGAUACUGGCAAGUGUUUGAAUGAUAUGGGCGACGUUGCAGACGACGGCUUCAACUGUAGCUGGACUAGAGAGGCUGAUAUGUGCUCAGUUGUAGAGGUUGUAGCUAUUGGCGAAGAUGGAAUAGACUCAGGUGAUGGACGCAACACUGAGUCACCCCCAAAGCUCUCCCAGGCCAAGUUUGACAUGUCCAGCUUCAUUGGAGGCGUCAUACUCGUGCUGUGCGUGCAGGCAAUCGGCGUCUUGGCCAUGCGCUUCCUCAAAUCCAAAGAGCAGAGCACCUAUGACCCCAUAGAGCAGCCACAGCAGUGAAGACAAGAUGUAUGAAGGACAACCGGGCCAAGGUGGAGGACACCAGAGCAGUGACUCAUCGAGGUCUGAUGACGAGAGUGUUUUUUUUUUUUUCCUGAUUCCCUUCCUGUCAUUUUUAGUUUGGUCCCCUCGUGUACCCCUGGGGGAUGGGUGUGUUCAUAAGAGGACAUUUUGUCUCAGAAUACCGCAUUGUGUAACGAGUGUCUGUGCAUGUGUUCACUGUGUUUGUAUAGUAUUUAUAAUCCAGAGACGUUUUGGCUGUUGGUAUUCAUACAAUCUGGCAAACGAGAAACAAAAAAGGCUCUGAUCUUCUCAGCGCUUUCAGUGAUUCAUCUUUGUGACCAAACCCACCACAAAUUUUCACCAAUACUACGUGUUAAGUGUUUGUCCUUUAACAAACAACAAGCAAAUAGCUGUAUCCAAUGAGCUGUGUAAAUAGUACAGUGUGGUUGUGGGAAAAAGUGAUAUAAUCCCGAUGUAGACAGCAGGUCAGACAAGGUCAUAGCAGGCAUUUAAACUUUUUUAAAGAACCCUAAAAUAGACCAAAAUGAGACUGAAUGAUUUUGUCCAUCAUCUCAGAGGACGUCCGUGUUUCAUGUGGAGCUGCAUGAGUUUUAUUGAAACCAAAAUUUAAAAUAUUUAUGUAUGUUAUAUAUAUAUAUCUUUCAUGUUUGCAGUGAGUUAAAUGAUUUAGCUGGGGACUUUAAGGAGCCAUCUCAACAACUCCUGGAGGUCCCCCCCUUUGGGAACAAAUUAUAAUCUAAGCAGUAGGAGUAGUAAUUUAAACUUUAUGUCUACUUACAAUAUGGCUUUAGCACAACUCCUCUGAUUUGUGUGUGUUUUUGUUUUGACUUUUUUUUAUAAAUUAAUUUUUAUUGAGGAGAUUUCUGUUCUGACUGCUCAUAUUUAUAUUCUAUACAUAUCAGCUUUAACCCUUUAAUAACAGUUCAAAGAGAUGUGAUGUGAGCCUGUUUACUCAAUUAAGUUCAGUAUGAACUGUUUGAUUUUUUUGUGAUGCCAUUUGAAUGAAAAAUGCUUUAAAAAGGCUGACAACCUGAAACACCUGUUUCUCUCUGUGUGUGUCAUGUCUGCUUUCUUGCAUGCAAAUAAGAAGACAUUAACCGCUAAUCACAGUAAGAGAUUGUACAGUAUGUGUCGAGAGCAUACAGUAUUUGCACUUUAUCUGGCACACUGCAUGCCAGCAGAAUGAACGGUUCUGCUGUAAUCUGGGUGCGACCAGAGACAUACAGUACUCCCAGUAUCUGCAGAUAAGAAUCACCUACAUCAGGCCUUUUCAAUUUGAGGCCCGUGGGC